UUUCCCAUUUCCAACCUGACGUCAGGCUGGCUAUAAAACUCUGCAUUGCUUUUAAACUCAUCUGCUUUGUGAUCCUUCUAAAAAAUCUCCUACAAGUCUCAGGCAUUUCACGCACGAGGCUCCAUUUAGCCCCUUUCCUUCGACUUUACACCCUCUCCGGUUUACGCAAUGUAUCAAUGAAGAAUCCGUAAAGUGUUAAAUGUUUCAAAUACUAAGCCGCCGAAUUUCUCAUGCUGAAAGAGGAUUCCGUUACUUGCGCGCAGGGCUGUGGUGCGUCUGUGCAAUAGACUCUGCAAAGGAAAACUACUCGUUCGCAGUUGGGAACCCGUCGCUGCAAAAAGGACAUUGAAAGUCUUUAUUUUUUUUUCCAUUUUAAGACAAAUACGCUUCAAAAUUCAAACUGGCUCACGUUGUUCCUAACCAGCCCAGUUUGACAGCCGCUCCUCAUCCCGUUUGGAGGACUGUCAGCAGCACGAGGAUGGCAUCAGAGCUGGCAAUGAGCAACUCCGACCUGCCCACCAGUCCCCUGGCCAUGGAAUAUGUUAAUGACUUCGAUCUGAUGAAGUUUGAAGUGAAAAAGGAGCCGGUGGAGCCUGAUCGCAGCAUCAGCCAGUGCAGCCGCCUGAUCGCCGGGGGAUCCUUGUCUUCCACCCCGAUGAGCACGCCUUGCAGCUCGGUGCCCCCUUCUCCAAGCUUCUCGGCGCCCAGUCCGGGCUCGGGGAGCGAACAGAAGGCACACUUGGAGGAUUUCUACUGGAUGUCCGGUUAUCAACAGCAGUUGAAUCCAGAGGCGCUGGGCUUUAGCCCCGAAGACGCGGUCGAGGCGCUGAUCAACAGCAGUCACCAGCUCCAGUCAUUCGAUGGCUAUGCUAGAGGGCAGCAGUUUACCGGCGGAGCCGGAGCAGGAGGCACCAUGGCCGGGGAGGAGAUGGGCUCCGCCGCGGCGGUGGUGUCUGCAGUUAUCGCUGCCGCAGCCGCCCAGAACGUGGGUCCCCAUCACCACCACCAUCACCACCACGGCGCCGGUCACCACCAAGCUCCCGGGGUGCAGUCCAACGGCAACUCGGGGGGAAAUCACCCACACAUGCAUUUGGAUGACCGGUUUUCAGACGAUCAGCUCGUGAGCAUGUCGGUGCGGGAGCUCAACCGGCAGCUACGGGGGGUCAGCAAGGAAGAAGUAAUCAGGCUGAAACAGAAGAGGAGGACGCUGAAGAACAGAGGCUAUGCCCAGUCCUGCCGCUACAAGCGGGUCCAGCAGAGACACGUCCUGGAGGGAGAGAAGACGCAACUCAUCCAGCAGGUCGACCACCUCAAGCAGGAGAUCACCAGGCUAGUCCGGGAGAGGGAUGCGUAUAAAGAAAAAUACGAAAAGCUGAUCAGCAACGGCUUCCGAGAAAAUGGGUCGAGCAGUGACAACAACCCUUCCUCUCCGGAGUUUUUCAUGUGAGUCUCGACAUAAACCAUGAAAACAAAAUAUCAAGCGAGUUUGUCAAACCCCUCAUUAAAAAAAGUUUUCAUUAUGAAACAUUUUGUUGUGGGGCUUACUAGACCAAGAAAACUAAUUUGCCAAUUUUUUUUUCGCUUUUAUUUUUGUUACUUUUGACAAAAAGGGGUUUGCUCAAGUCUGUCAAUAACGAUUUUUAGUGUUUUUUUGGAGGGGGGACUUGCAAUAUAAAAUGGAACUCAAUUUUGUGCAUUUUAGAGCAAACCAGUCUGAAACCAGCCAUCUUUUUUUGUUGCUACCAUACUCAAUAUUUUGUGCAUAUUUGUCAAACUUUUUCACCCUUGUUCAUUAGACUUGCAGUGUUUUGAGUAUUAUCUAUACUAUUUUUUAUUGAUUCAACUUCACAUCGUCGCUGUAUACUUUGUGCGCAUGCAAGCACGGAGUAUACCCCCACGAAGUUCAUCAACAUGCCUUUUUCAUAUUUUUUCCCUUUUCAUCCCCUGUACAAAUACCUGUCUAAAAAUGCAAUCAUGCACAACACUUUCAGUCCCUUGUCAUUUUCCUUUGUUAUCUGCCCAACUCCGAGGACUGCGAGCCUGCCAUUUUACCCCACCACAUCUCAUGCGUUUUGCUUGCCAUACUGCGUUGAGCAAUACCAGACUGUAAGAAACUAUAUCUAUCGUUCAAACAGAGAUAUGUUAUUGAACUGGCUUGCAUGCUGGACAUGUAAGUUUUAUUUUGUUGUUGUUUUAUUUUGUUGUUUUUGUGCUUGAAAUAGUAAUUUUGUCGGAUAACUCCGAGCAUGGCAUUCAUACUUUUCAUUUAUGGCCUCAUCACUUUUUUGGGACAGCGACCAAAAAAGUGACAAGAGACAUUUCAACCACCCGCCUUCCAAACCUUCAAGUGUUUCAACCGUGUUGAUCUGCACCACCGACGGCUGUUCUUUCUGUAUACAGUGAAUGCAACAACGCAUUCCUGGUGGAAGUGUGUCGGCGGGGACUCGGGUUGAAAAGGACUAUUCUAGAAAGAAGCCACUGGGCCCUCGUAGGGUCUAAACUGUCUGUUGCUUAAAGCGGUUUGUUUAUUUAAAAGAUACCCCCCACCCAUCCUUGUGCAUUUGACAACUUGUGUGGAUUUUUAAGUAUAUAAUUUAAAUAGUUUUAUAAUAACCUAUGUACGUCAUAAAAUAUACAUGGAUGUGCUACAGGUUGACAUCCUGUCCAUUUGUCCUGUGUACAAAGUUGUUAUCUGUCGUUGGUCACGAUGGAUUGGCGAAGCUCCAGUUAUAUACAAUAAGCAGUAUUGUGUCCAUGCGCGAGCAGUGCUGCUUACAGCAUGUACUUGCAAUUCAAACAGGAGUUUGACAGGUGACUGUUUUUUAAACCAAAGUAACAAACGUGGAGUAACUUAAGACUCAAGUCAUCGUGAAUAACCUUGCAUUUGAAAAUGUGUUCUUCUGUAAAUAACAGAGGUAUUUUGGACUGAAUUGCACUAAACUGUAGCCUGCAAUCUUAUAACAUAAAGAUGACUCUACAACGCUAAUUUAGAAGCGCAGAUACGUAUGGCAUUGCAGACGUUAUGAAUCCAUUUUUAUAUGAUUUGUCAUUUCACGCAGGGCUAGAUUAGAUUAUUUUGUCUUAAAAUAACUCAUUAUUUACAAGGCAAUAAUAUUAUUAUAAUCGAUAAUGUCUGGACAUUGUUAAAAGUCAUGGAUUGACACCCUGCACGUUCAAAAUGGGGGAAUACCAUUCGUCAGUAAAUCUUUAAGAAUAUGUUAUUUCAACUUUCCUCUUAUAUAUAAAUAUAUAUAUUUUGCUGUGCAAAAUUAUUUCACUCACUAACCAUAUGUGAUGUUAAUAUGUGCUCGUUUCUCAUUUCAUACAAAAUAAAUGAUAUGCAAUAAAUGUAUGUAA